AUGAACCUGAGAUCGCAGCAGCCUGCGCGGCUAGGGGGCCACCCGGGGAGGGUCUGCAGGAGGCAGUGCGAAGGCAGAGAAACUGGAAAAGCCCACCCCCCAAAACAUUUUUUUAAGCUCCCCCAUGAGCUGGCCCUGCAAGCUGAGCGCGAGGCGAAGGGCGGGCGCGCGUAUUUGGGCACCUCCUCGCUCGCCAGCUCCUUGCAAGGGAGGCGCAUCGGGGGACCCUGUGGUCUCUGGAGCCCCUUCUUCUCCGCUGGAUGCCCAGCCCAGCCUGGCCGGAGGGCGCCUCCUCUCGCCUUCCUCCGUCCCUCCCUCCGCCGGCCGAAGCGGAUCCGGUUCACGAGCCGGACGGCGGGUGGCUCUCGCCGGCCUCUCCGCGCACCUCGGAUCCGCCUCGAGGAGGAGAUGCUCGGCCCGGUGACGCUGGAGGACGUCACGGUCUCCUUCUCCCCGGAAGAGUGGGCAGGGCUGCAGGCGUGGCAGCGACGGCUCCACUGCGACGUCAUGCGAGAGAACUACGAACUGCUCACCUCCCUGGGCUGCGACCUGCGAGUCAAGGAUGAAGAAGGGGAGGAGGGGCUCUUCUCGGAGACGGUCCUCCGGCACCGGAAGCCUGAGGGCCAGACCUCGCGCCCGCAGCAAAACAGCGGCAGCAACAUGGCUGGCAAGCCUGCGGGUGGGGCGGGACUCCUGUCUCAGGGGCUGCCUGGCGCCGAAGGAGGAAGAGAUCCCGUGGGGGAAGAAGCGUCACCAUGCCCCCUAAGCUGCCCGGACUGUGGGAAGCGCUUCAAAAGCAAAAUGGCCUGCUUGACGCACCAGCGCAUCCACACCGGCGAGCGCCCCUUUGGCUGCCCUGAGUGCGGGCGGCGCUUCACCCAGCAGCAGCACCUGGGCACCCACCUGCGGGUGCACGGCGGGGAGCGCCCCUUCUCCUGCGGCGAGUGCGGUGCCGCCUUCCGGCUGCAGAAGCUGCUGCUGACGCACCGGCGCAAGGCGCACUCUGGGGAGCCGCCUCUGGCGUGCGCCGACUGCGGGAAACUGUUCAGCCACAAGCACCACCUGCUGACGCACCAGCGGGUGCACACGGGCGAGCGCCCCUUCCCCUGCUCCGAGUGCGGGAAGCGCUUCACCCAGAAGCACCACCUGCAGACCCACCAGCGGGGGCACUCGGGCGAGCGCCCCUUCCCCUGCCCCGAUUGCGGGAAGGCCUUCAAGGACCGGGCAGGGGUGCUGAUGCACCGCAUCGUCCACACGGGCGCCAAGCCGUUCGCGUGCCAGCGCUGCGCCAAGAUCUUCAGCCACAAGCACCACCUCGUGAUCCACCAGCGCGUCCACACGGGCGAGAAGCCCUUCUCGUGCCAGCUCUGCCGCAAGCGCUUCACCCAGAAGCACCACCUGCUCAGCCACGAGCGCGUCCACACCGGCGAGCGGCCCUACGGCUGCCCCGAGUGCCCACGCAGCUUCAAGGACCGCAUCACCCUCAAGCUGCACGUGCGGCUCCACACGGGCGAGAAGCCCUUCUCCUGCGGGCGGUGCGGAGAGAGCUUCCGCCUGCGCAAGGCCCUGCUCUCCCACCAGAGGGCGCACGAUGCCCCCACCCGGCUCAUCUGCACCGAGUGCGGGGAGAGCUUCCCGCGCAUGCGCAGCCUGGCCGCCCACAGGAGGAGGGCGCACCCAGCAGCGGUGGCCCACGGGGCUGGCACGAAGCCCGGACUGGCCGGCCACUCGUGCCCCCCGGCUGAGUCGCAGGCCGACGGGGAGAGAGCAGUAGGUGUCCCACCCGGAUCCUGAGGGCACAUGGCAGAAAGGGAAGAAGAGAAGAGGAGGAGGAGAGUUUGGAUUUGAUAUCCCACUUUAUCACUCCCCAAAGGAGUCUCAAAGCGGCUAACAUUCUCCUUUCCCUUCCUCCCCCACAACAAACACUCUGUGAGGUGAGUGGGGCUGAGAGACUUCAGAGAAGUGUGACUAGCCCAAGGUCACCCAGCAGCUGCAUGUGGAGGAGCAGAGACGCGAACCCGGUUCACCAGAUUACGAGUCUACCGCUCUUAACCACUACACCAAAACUGGCUCUCAAGAAGGGCAGCCUGGGCCCUGGCACACACGCUCCAGCUGCAAAGAUGCCAGCGCAGGAUUCCUAGGUUGGGUGGACAAGGGAAUGCGGCUCCCGUCUUUCAUGGCAUCAUGGAAUUGGAAGGAACCCAAAGGGUCAUCCAUCCCAACCCGCUGCAAUACCCCUUUCUCAUUGUCCUUUUCGUUUUGGAAAUUUUUGUCAGCAUUCCUCCCUCCCCCCCCCCCCCGAUCAAAAUCGAGGCCCUCCCUUUUCCCAGCUUCCCAGUUCUGCUUUGUUGCAGCACCGACUGGUUAUUGCAGGAGCAGCCACACCUAGGGAUCCAGUGUGGCCUAGUGGUUAGAGCAGUGCUUUUCAAACUUGGGACUACAACUCCCAUCAUCCCUAGCUAGCAGGGGCGGUGGUCAGGAAUGAUGGGAGUUGUAGUCCAACGACCGCCGAGGACCCAAGUUGGAGAAACGCUGGGCUAGAGUGUCAGAGCUCGUGGCGGCGUUCACAGUCCCCCUUUCUCCUGCGGAUGCCCCAUUUUGUCCCAACAACAACAACCCUGGGAGGUAGGGUGAGAGACAGCGACUGGCCCCGAAGGUCCCCCCCCCGUGAGCUGCAUGGCCCAGUGGGGAUUUGAACCCAGGCCCGUGUCCGACCCUCUUGACCCCUGCACCACCAGACUGCGGUGUGGAGGAGCUCAGCCUUCAGGGAGAGGCUCAGUGCUCAGGAUUGUAAAUGCUCCCCUCGUGGUCCCUUCCUUGCUUGCCAAACGAGAGCCCUGGAAAGUGGGCCACCUCACCAACCCGUCUCAGUUCUAAGAGACAAGAAAUUUGGGCAGCUCUUUCCGAUUCGGAUCAUCGAGUUGGAAGGGACCCUCGAGGGUCAUCUAGCCCAACCCCCUGCAAUGCAGAUGUAAGGGGGAGAGAGUACAGAGUACCUCCCCCUAUCAUCAAGAGCAGCCCCUCCCCGAGCAGCGAAGGAAGCACAGGCUCAGGGGAGGGCAGUCAGGACACGGAGAGAGAGUGCCCGGGCUCAGGCAGGAGGAAAGAGCCCAGACUCCACAGGCGGGAGGAGAGAGAAGGGGAAAAGGGGGAGAGGGAAAACAUGGAACGCAGACCCUUUCCUCCGGUUCCGGAAUUACGUAAAAGACGAAAGGGGAGGAGAUUCAGUGUCCCGCGACUUUUAUGUUGGGGACGUUCGCGCCGGGGGGCACUUCCGGAUUCUGCAUCGGAGUAAGAAGACAUGUUUCUACACCUUCCUCACUGUACAUAGCAGCACCAAUAAACACG